AUGGGGGCGAGGCAGCGCGGCGAGAGAGGGGGUAUCUCGACGUCCAAAAGGUCGAGGCUGGCGGCGGCGGCGGACGCGGCGUCGUGGUGCCUCGCGCUGGCGGCGCUGGCGGCGCUGCUGCUGGUGUGCUCGCUCGGGGAGACGUCGGAGGCCGCGGUGGUGGUGCGGGGCGCGUCGCUGUCGGCGCGGUGGCGGCCGUGCGAGGAGGUCUACGUGGUGGCGGAGGGGGAGACGCUGCACGGCAUCAGCGACCGCUGCGGCGACCCCUACAUCCUGGAGCGCAACCCGCACGUCCACGACCCCGACGACGUCUUCCUCGGCCUCGUCCUCAGGAUCACGCCCUCCCUCCAUCUUGAAGCCGUCCGUCCCCGCUAG